AUGACGGCCUCCAGCAACGUAGGUCUGGUGACCGGGGGUGCCAGUGGGAUUGGCCUUGCUCUCGCUCGACAUCUUCUUCAACGUGGUUUCAAGGUCGUGGUGGCUGACUUAAAUGCCGAACGAGGAGCAGAACUGCAGACAGAGCUUGGAUCCAACUUUCUCUUUGUGAAAGCCGAUGUGACAGACUGGGACGCACAUGCUGAAUUGUUCAAGAAGGCGUAUGAGUGGGCUGGGCGGAUUGAUUUCCUCGCAGCCAAUGCUGGUAUAGCCUCGAUUGAGCCGGUAUAUGAGUUGUCGAUCGACAAGUCGGACGUGUUAAAGAAGCCGAAUCUUGCGACACUCGAGGUAGAUCUUCUCGCCGUGUUCUACGGUCUGACACUAUUCCGAUACUAUCAUCAGAAGACGGGCAGCAAGGGCAAGGGCAAGAUGGUUGUCACCGCCAGCCAGUCUGGUCUUUAUCCUCUUCAUUUCCGUCCGACCUACUCGGCAGCAAAGCACGGGGUUAUUGGCUUGGUCAGAUCGGCCGGCCAGCGGCUGCUCAAAAGUGAGGGGAUCACAUUGAAUGCCAUCUGUCCCGGACCCGUCCUGACAGGUAUCGAUGCGGAUAUGCUGAAACACAUUCCAAAAGAUUGUUUGACGCCCAUUCAACUCCUGAUGGAUGCCUUCGACAUGAGCAUCGACGAAGGUAUCUCUGGGGCUGUCAUUGAAUGCUCUAACAAGAAAAUGUACCUGCGCGAGCCGGUCGACUAUUGCGACGAGUGUGCACGCUUUCUCAGUGUAGACCUCACCAAAGCGGAGGUCUUCCAUCAACCGGGAGCAUAA